GACUAAAAGCCUCCCAGCCCAGUUCUCAUGGUCGGGACACUUUUGCUCCGGAACUCUCAGUGGUUCUGCAUGUGAUCAUAGAGAUUGGCUCUGCUCUCUGCCCUGCUAAGGACGCAGGCUCCCUAGUCCAGGCUUGCAGUUUACCUGCCAUUUAGGCAAAGGCAAGAGGGAGGAAGUGCCCUCCCCAGCAUGCAGAAGCGAAUCCAUCUGGCCUAAGUGCAUGCUGGGAGCUGUAAUUGGUCUGUGGGUAAACUUAUCCCAGCCUUGCUUCCUGAGUCCUGGUGAUAAACUCCCCCGGUCCUCUAAUUUGUUCUGUUGUUAGCUAUUUUUUUUCUCAACACUUUUGACUUAGGGGUUCAGUUCUGGGUUCUGGAGUGGGUCUCAGUGAGGUGCAUCUCAGCUCAUGAGAGGACAGGAUAUUAGGUCCCUGGACUUCUCUGUAUGCCACCACCUGCUGCUUGGUGGAGGUAACGGGACUCAUGUUCUCUUCCUAGUCGGCAGCUUCCCUUUGCUCCCUGACCUCUUGUUCCAGGCCAGUUUUUCCCUGGCUUCUUGAGAAGGGCAGGGCCCAGAGGAGAAAGGCCUUUAAACUGUCCCCCAGUGCCUGCCCAGCUCAGUGUGCAUCUUCCUGCUUCCAUGUCUCUUUGGCCUCAGCUGUCCCCCUUGCCAGGUGUCCGAGCCCUUUCUACACCAAAGCAAAGAAUGGCCUCAGGAGGGAGUGAAGAGGGUGCCAUCUGUGGCUAAGGGGCAGUUCUGCGCUACUGGACACUUCAAGAUUCUGUCACCCUGCGAUUGGUCAAUCAGCCUUGGAGAGAAACAAUCUUGAAGGUUUGAAAAACAACCAAAGAAAGGGAGCGAGGACUAUGGCCGCGUGCCCUCUGCUUGCCCAGCUCCCGCUGCCCAGGAGGCAGAGCAGACAUGUGCAGUCCUCUUGACAGCUGGGCCAAGCUGGUCCCUUUGCAUUCCAGCCCCCAGGAGCCAGUUUGUGCUGGGGUUCCCUCCAGCUGCCAGCAAGCGUCUCUGGGAGCUGGAUAUGCAUGCCCUGUGGACAAAGACACAGCUCUUAGCCCUGACAAUCUCAUUUGGCCACCCUGGAAUCUGGCCUGGCGGGACCAUGUUUGUGACAGUGCCUGCACCCAGACUGCAGGAGCAGCAGGGCUCCCAGAGGCCAGAGGGGACCCAGGUGUGUCUAGCUCUCCAAAGACCUCUCUACACAGACCUGUUGGUAAAGCUUCCCACGUGGGCGUUGAGAGAGCCCAAGCAGUCUUAGAGGAAGCUGCUUGCUUCCCCCAGCCAAGUACAUCUGCACAUUGCCCUCAUCCAGACCAGCUCUCUGAUGAGAAGGAAAUUGGGUCCAGCGUACCAGGGGGCUGGUCCCAGUCCUGGCAGGCAAGAAUGUGGGGCAUCCUUUCUUGGCAUGUCUCCAUUCUCCUUGAAGUCUGUACUCAGGUUGCCUUGAAUGUGGACUUGGGGAGAGCUGGGGGCCCAAAUUGCCAGGGCGGGCUUCUGGGCGGCACUCACGGGACAGCCCAGCCCUCUGCCAGCCCCAGGCCCGGUCCCCGUGUCAGGGAGGCGAGGCCCGGCUGGGAGAGUGCUGCUGCCCGUGCUGCUCUUCCAACGCACUGUAGGGCUUGUAUGUAAUGUAUUUAAGUCAAAGCAAAUGUAUGAACAAGUCCAAAUCUGA